UACAAGCAUGAAAUCUACGUGAAGGCAUCUAUUUGUCUGAGAAAAGCGUCGAAGGCCUGUCUAACUUUUUUUCCUGUCGUCGAGUCUUCUUCUCUCCCUCGAUGCACAACGUUGUGUCAUUUCCUAGAUAAACCGCGACGGAGACGAGAAGGUUUUUCUCGUUUGUUACAUCACCGUUGCAGGCUAGAAGGAUUCGCUCGUGCCAUCAUUCAGUCGCGCGAACUCGAAGCCGCAGGGAUGUUGUCCUUCGUGAGGAGGUUGUGCGAACUUUUGUGCUUGUUGUGUUACGUGGUCGUGCAGCAUCCCACUGCCGCGGACGACAAUCAACCCUACGAGUUCUCCUUCAAUAUCGUCGAUUUUCAGCACAGAUAUGAGAAGAAAGACGCCGAGGGAAUUAUUACCGGGGAAUAUGGUUUUAUUACUGCCGAUGGCGUUUAUCACGAGACCGGCUAUACCACCGACAGGAAUGGCGACUUUAUUAUCACCAGACAGAGAAAUCGGAAAAUAACGAGUCUGAAGGAUGCGCAGGAGAUAUUCAAGGACAGACCGGAAGCGGCGAAGAAACUAGUGGAAGCCGUGGGAAGAGCCUGCGGCAGCUGUAAGCUUUUAGUGAUACAGGAAGACGAUCGGACGAAAUCCAAUCAAAUCAAUGCAAAGACCAUUACGGAAUCACCGUUGCAGAAGAAAAUGGAUCCGAUAUUGAAGCAGAUGAUGAAGAUACUAUCGGAAAAUGCAAAACGCGCAAAUACGUCUUCUAAAAGCAUCUCGGAAGAGAAAAGCAAGACCAUUCAGAAGGAAAACAGCACAUCGAAAGCGCAUACCAAGAAUCCACCAUCGGAGGAUGUCAUGAAGAAUAUGGUGCGAAUCGCAAAGAAGCUGUUAUCCGAGGGGAAUGGAUCGGAUAAAAUUGUCGUGAGUGAUCGAGUAGUAGAGAAAAUGGCGAACGAUCUGUACUAUCAGUUCAAUUACACGAUAACGACGCACGGCCAUCAAGAAGAUGGUUAUCGCGACGGGAGGAAGGACGGUAGUUACCGGUCGCAACACGAAAACGGCGUCGACACGCAGGUGAAAUAUCUGUCAAACGAGUUCGGGCAUCAACCCAACAUCACGUUCAUUCCGCAAGCGAACGUGGCCGACAACGAGCAUGCCCUCAAAGGAUACUCAUUUCGUUGGUAUUGGUCGUAAACUCGAUAUUUUACGCGAUCCCGAUCUUACUUGAAUAUUGAGAUUUAUUUCAGAUUGUACUAACAUUUAUUUAAAUAGCGUUGAACUACGGUGUCCAGGAAUACGAGAGCUUAAUUUCGAUUUGGUCUCAUUGGUGAAAAUUCAAUUAUUUAAAAUUAUUUAGUAUUUAUUGUUUGCGCAAUUUAUUUAAUAUAUAAU